CUUUUACCUAGACAAGUCUUUCUCAAUCAUUUUUACGAUGGCAGAUCCUCUCCUCACCUCUCUUUGCGCCAUUUGCCAUACUUCAGUUCCUCAAUACAAAUGUCCUCGCUGCAAUAUCCGUACCUGUUCGCUAGCCUGCGUUAAGAAGCACAAAUCUUGGUCGCAAUGCAGCGGCGAACGCGACCAAACGGCCUACGUCCCCAAAUCCAGGCUGGCGACCGCCGCAGGCGUUGAUCACGACUACAAUUUCCUCCACAGCAUUGAGAUGGCGUCCGAGCGCGCAGAGAGAGUCCUUGUAGAGGAUAAGGGCAUCAUACAAAAGGACGAACUGCGACCGUUGACGAUGGAGGAAGUGAGAUGGAAAGUCGGCCGAGACGGCAGGAAGAGAAAAGUUAUGGUGACGAAGAUCAUGAGAAGAUCGAAAGAGAGAUUGGUGGAUAAGCUGCUUGCGAAUAGGUUGAGAAAACUUGGCACAGAAGUCGUGUCUUUGCCUCAGGGCAUGACGAGACAGAAGGAAAACCACACGACGGUGAAUAGGAAAUCCGGUCGAAUCAAUUGGCAAGCAGAGUGGUUCGCUUUCGAGAAGGCCGAUGGCAGCGAUGCGAAUGAUUUGAAUAAGAUACGGACUCUUUCGAAACUCUCAGACGACGUGCCGCUAUACAAGGGAUACAGUACCUUGCUGGAAUCUCAAGCAAAGGCACAGGGGAAAGCGCAGCAGAAGAGACCCUUUCGAGGGGUUGCGCAGAAUCCCUGGGACUCUCAUUGGCAUCUGGCGAGCGAUUGUCUGCAGGAUCCCCAGACAGGUGGUUGGAUUUCCAUCCGGACGGCGUCAAUCGAUGCGUGGCCACGAGAGGAUGACGAGUCGCAACUACGGCGGUUUCAGUUCUUUCUUGAGAGUUCGAAAAAACGACCGGAUCGGUUGAUCACAUUGACACCCAUUCAACCUGAAGAAUGUCUUCGGAAUAUUCUUUCAAACACAAAAGUUAUUGAAUUCCCAGCAAUAUACGUCUUAGAAGAAGGUGAAGCUUUGCCGGCUGGAUAUGUGCUUGGCCCAAAGGAUAUAGUCGACCAUCCACAUGAAGAGCAACAACUAGGUGGUGCAAAACGCAAGGAUGGGCCACAACAAGGGAAGAGACCGGAACGACCGGCCAAGAGACGGAGACCAGGUGAUAAAGAAGGCUUGGAAGAAGGCGAGCUCGGGAGUGAUGGAGGCUCGGAUGAAGACGAUGGCAAGACUAAAGAUGGCGCUGAAGCUGACGACGUCAUUGCCGAGCAAAGCUUGGGCGAGGAUGAGGAUGAUGAGACAACAAGCAGUGAUGAGUCGACGAGCAGCUCAGGAUCUGACAGCGAAUAAAGAAUAGCGAGGAACGUGAGCAUUAUGACCAUCCAGUAUCAUGGAUAUAUCAAUUUGCAAUGUGUUACUUUCCCUUUGGCUUCACUCUGGCUCCGGGUUGCUUCAUCUUCAUCUUGUUUUCUUUUUCUUUAGACUCAAGCAACUUCAAUUUUUGCAUUAUACAAUACCUUAUAUAGUAUAGCCUAUAUGCUACUUACAAGCGA